GCGCCGGCCGCCGGCGAGAUGGCGACUCAAACGACCAACGGCGAGGCCAAGUUGUCGGCGACGGCGACGGCGACGGCGAUGGUGCCAGAGACGGGCGUCGAGGCGGUUGGUGCCGCCUGCCCGAUCUUCUUCAAGAAGCCGCCCACCUCGUUCGUCUCCUCUCAGGAUUGGAGUCUGUACGUGCGAAUUUGCUGCCACCUGCGGCAGGUGAAGACGCAGUUCGGCCUGUCUGAGGAGGAGGCGAGCAAGUGGUUGCCCUCCGGCUCGGCCAAUCGGCGCAAGAGCAGCUGCAUCCUCCGCCUCGUCGCCUCCUUCAACCGGCUCUACUGCGAGUACGCCAACGUCUGCGACAGUUACGUCCGCAACCUGGCCUCGUCCUCCUCCUCCUCCUCGCUCCUGGCGGCCGCCGCCGUCGCCAAGGCCCUGCCGGUGGCGUCCGGCCUCGGGCCGGCCUGUCCUCGUUGUCGGGUCAACCGGAAGGGGGAUCGCGUGUAUCUGUGCCGUCGACACCGACGACCCUCUGGCGAGUCCGGGCCCGGGCCCGAUUUGGCGGGUGGCGACCGUGGGGCCUGCUUCUUCGAGGAGACGCCCGAGGCGUGUACCGACAAGACGCUGCUCGACGGGCCGCCCAGCGCCAGCACUUUGGCCAACACCGAGACCACCUCGAUCCUCCUCAACUCGCCGCACCCGUCGCUGGUGAGCCGGUCGGCCUCGCAGUUCACGCAAACCUCGCCGGGCCUCGGAGCCGUCGUGCUGCAGCGCUCGGAGCCGCGGCGGCCCAACACCUCGCCCCGCCCGAACACCGGCUCCCGGGCCUCCUGUUUCGAUUGGUGCUUCGCACAGCCGCCCUGCCCGGCCGGCGGUUGCCUCGGGCCGGAGGGGCGCGAGGCGCGUCGUGAAGACGAGUACUACGACGAGAUCCGGCGCCAGCCGAACCGGGCCUCGAUCCACGUCUUCCAGUGCCGCCAGCUCGAGUCCCGCCUCGAGCACCGCGCCCGCGUGCCCGCGACUUGGCUGCCCCGGGCCGAGGGUGCGAGCCGCGACUCGCUCGUCUCCAUUCGUCUGCCCAUCGCCCUCGAGCUCCUCCUGCCGCGGAUGCAACGGCAAAUCGAGGAGGUCAUGUCGGCCUGCCGCUUCAUCUUCGACCCCCUCGAGGUGGCCGCCGAACUCCGUCUCUCCAACUACACCACAGACGGUUGCAUUCACUUUUUCGAGCGGACCCGCCUCCUGCGCGACGUGAUUCAGGAGUUUCUGCCCAAACGUCCGCCCCCCCAGGCGGCAAGAUCGCCCGACGAAGAGCCCCUCGACGCGCAGCAUCACCAAGCCCAGCAACAAUGCCGGGCACUGGCGGGCCCCCACGCCGGCGAGCAGAAGGCGAGUGGCGACGGCGAGCCAGCGCUUCUGCCGGGCCCCGGCGACAGCACCUUUUGCCUCACCAACGAAGAGGUGGCCAAGGCGAUGCUGCAACUGCAGAAACAGCCAUCUGGUCGGGUGGUUGGAGCAAUUCGUCCCAAGUUGUCCUCGUUUUUGGUCAAACCUACAGCCCUGCGCAUAAACGGUUUCAUGUGCAAGGCGUGUGAUUCUAUUUCCUCUUUAGCCUACCACAACUCUGCCCAUUUCGACAGGACCCUGCUCACUCCAUGUCCAAACGCCAAACCAAGAAUGCAUGAGGAGGAGGAGGAGGAGUGCGUCUGUCCGAGCUGUGCCGGUGCAGCGUCCAAUCUCGACAUGCCAACCAUUCGACCAAGCUGCCACGAGAGUGCCCUUGGGCUACUGGGCCGGCGUGGAUUUCAGACAAGCCUAGGCCUCUUCCUGGAGGGUGGUACCUUUUGA